CAUUCCUCUCCUGCUGGUAGCAAAGAUGAACUGAGAACUGUAGCUAGAUCGAGAGCUGGGGAACGGGUCGGGCCGGGAGGGGAUUCCGGCGGCCUUGCUAGGAGCUGAUCUGCCAUCAGCAGCAUACAGCCUGCAGGUAUGCCAGCAAUACAGAAUAGAUCUGUAGUAUGUCAUGGGCAAGGAAUGUUUUGCAAGGGACCUGAGGGGGUAAAAGUGAACCCGAAUUGCCCAUUCCAGGCCAAAGGGCAGGUCCUGCCCCAGCUCAAGACGUUCCAAGAAAUGCGGCGCUGGAUACUAGACACCUUCCGGCUGGAUGAAGCGACGCACGACAUCACCUUGCGGUACAUCGUGCCCGUGCUCAGGUCUUCGUCAACACGCCUGCGCUACGAUAUGCUGGUCGACAUUUUAGGGGACGAUGAGUGGCGGAGGUUUGUGGACAUAACCAAGCACCUUGGUGGAUCGUUCGUGCUCUACGCCGAGCGGCGCGCCAAGCAGCAGGUGGUGCCGGGGCCCGUUCCUGGCGGCGCGAUGGCUGGCAGCAACGGAGCAUCGGCUGCUUUGCACACGGCCGGGGCGGAUGGGCGUGGCAGGAGAGGGGUCAGCUGGCCAGUUUGCAAGCACGGCAAGCCGUGCACCAUCGAGACUGACUGGGGCCCUCGCAGCGCGGGGCAACGGUUCUAUCGCUGCCGUCUCUUCGCGGAUGCAGAGAAGGACUGUGGAUUCACGCAAUGGCUGGACGACGAGUUCCCUGCGCAGGCGACCAAGCACAUCAGCAGCCUCCUGGGCAGUGUGGGGUUGCCUGGAGAAGCAGGUCGAGAAUCUCCAGGAGGAGCUCGACGAGCUCCGUCGCCGGUAUGUGACUGACGUGCAGCCACUGCGCUCCUCGCGGCAGCCAUGAUCGUCCAGGUCUGCAGAUUGGCUAGGGACAACUGACCAUGCACGCAUGUAAUGUUCUCUCAAUAACCGAUGCCAAAGAAUAGUCUUGGCUAGUUUCGACCGUGUUGUCAGUACCCGUUCCUCUUGGUUAUGUUCGCGAUGUGCUGAUGUAGCCGCGCCGUUCGCUGUUGCUUUGGAAGAGCUGGUCUCCCUGGACAUUCUGAACCGUGGCUGUAAACUAUAUGUGCCAUGUUUCUUGCAUUUUUAGAGGCGUUUGUGAUUAGCUGA